CGAUUGGAACGCGCUGAUCAGGGUAGAAGUUUGUCCAAAUAUUCUGCUUUUUGUUUGGUUUGUUCGAUACCUCUGCAGUUUGUUUCAGCACUCUUUUGAUAUAGGAAACCUCGCACAUCUUCAAACAUGGCGAUGAAUAUUGAUAUGUCACAGGCUUCUGUGAUCAAGGAUGAGCAAGGAAGACCUUUCAUCGUUGUUAGAGAUCAAGGAAAGAAAAAGAGACAACAUGGAAACGAGGCAGUCAAAUCACAUAUUCUAGCAGCGAGGACAGUAGCCAACAUUGUCAAGACCUCCCUUGGUCCCCGAGGCCUCGAUAAGAUCCUUAUUUCUCCAGAUGGUGAUAUUACAGUCACAAAUGACGGUGCUACCAUUUUGGGACAGAUGGAGAUUCAGAACCACGUUGCAAAGCUUUUAGUCGAACUCUCAAAAUCUCAGGAUGACGAAAUUGGUGACGGCACAACUGGUGUAGUGGUUUUGGCUGGUGCCUUGUUAGAACAAGCUGCCGAACUUAUCGACAAGGGAAUUCACCCCAUUCGUAUAGCUGAUGGAUACGACCAAGCUUGUGAUAUUGCUGUUGCGGAGCUGGAUAGAAUUGCCGAUACUAUCGAAUUCACAAAAACACAAAAAGAGAAUUUAGUCAAGGUUGCAAGGACAAGUUUGGGAAGUAAAAUCGUCUCCAAGGCCCAUGACCAAUUUGCCAACAUUGCCGUUGAUGCCAUCUUAUCUGUUGCUGAUUUGGAGCGUAAGGAUGUUGACUUUGACUUGAUCAAGGUUGAUGGUAAGGUUGGUGGAUCUCUCGAGGAUUCUUUACUAGUUCAAGGUGUUAUUGUCGACAAAGACUUCUCACACCCUCAAAUGCCUGAUGAAGUUCGAGACGCCAAGAUCGCUAUUCUCACAUGUGCAUUCGAACCACCCAAGCCAAAAACCAAGCAUAAGCUCGACAUUACCUCCGUUGAAGAAUUUAAGAAACUACAAACAUACGAAAAGGACAAGUUUACCGAGAUGGUUCAACAAAUCAAGGAUACCGGUGCCAAUCUUGUUAUAUGUCAGUGGGGAUUUGAUGAUGAGGCAAACCAUCUUUUAUUACAAAGUCAAUUACCAGCCGUGAGAUGGGUUGGAGGACCAGAGAUAGAAUUGAUCGCCAUUGCAACAAACGGUAGAAUUGUACCAAGAUUUGAAGAUUUAUCAGCUGAGAAACUCGGAAGAGCUGGAUUGGUCAGAGAAAUGAGCUUUGGUACCACCAGGGAGAAGAUGUUGGUCAUCGAGGAGUGUGCAAACACUCGUGCCGUUACAGUCUUUGUCAGAGGAAGUAACAAGAUGAUCAUCGAUGAGGCGAAACGCUCCCUCCACGAUGCUUUAUGUGUUGUUCGUAACCUUGUUAGAGACAACAGAGUUGUUUAUGGUGGUGGUGCUGCAGAAAUCGCAUGCUCAUUAGCCGUUGAGGACGCCGCUGUUAAAUCACCUGGUCUUGAACAAUACGCCAUGCGCGCCUUUGCCGAUGCUCUUGAUGCUAUCCCAAUGGCUUUGGCAGAAAACUCCGGUCUCUCGUCCAUUGAAACCCUUGCCUCUGUCAAGAGUAGACAAGCCACCGAGAAGAACACAAGAUUAGGUGUUGAUUGUAUGCAAACUGGUAGCAAUGACAUGAGAGAUGCUUUCGUCAUCGAUCCAUUGAUCGGUAAGAAGCAACAGUUGAUGUUGGCCACUCAACUUUGUCGUAUGGUAUUGAAGAUCAAUAACGUCAUCAUUGCUGGAAACGAUGAGAAUGAAUUUUAGAAUGGGAAAAAAUUGCCAUAGUAAAAUAGACUAGGGUUCCAUGAUUAAAUAGAUUCAUUUAAGCGCUUCAAUUUGAUAUACCUAUUAAUGACAGAAAUUCUGAGGUAUCGCCGCUA